AUGUCCUACAGCGCCCAAAAGUACGAAGCCCUCCGAAGACUCGGCGUCCAACAACUUUCCACUCUCUACGAGCCAUCUUACCACCACCAUCACCAUGGUCUACACCACACAGAGCGCCGCAACUCCUCACCUCGCAAUUCAUUCGAUGUCGAUGAGCCACGCUACCCAUUCGCAAUGAACUUGCCAAUCCGAGACCGACCUGUCCCCGGCCGCAAAUGCCCCAACUGUCUCGCUCGUGGCCAGACCUACUGGGUGGCGUACGGAAAGCGAUGCGCGCAGUGCGGAACCGAGAUAAACUAA